AUGAAAACGCGUCUUAUUGGCGGACGUCGUGGCCUCCAAAUAGCCCAGCUAGGCGUCUUCUUCCUUUCGGCGCUGUUCCAUGAGUACUGGUUCGGUGUCGCAUUCCGAGUAUUCUACCCAGUCAUGUUCAUGCUUUAUUUUGUAUUCGGAGGAAUUUUCUUUUCGGUCUCGAAGCUCAUCAAGAACAAAUCCAUUUGGAAUACAGCUUUAUGGUUCAAUUUGUUAAUAGGAACUGGCAUGUUUAUAGCAUUUUAUGGUCAAGAAUGGUACGCACGUCAGCGAUGCGCUCCCUACAGUAAUCCGGUUGCGGAUUUCUUGUUGCCAAGACACUGGGCAUGCCACCGGAUAAAGUGA